GGCUGCUGCACUCUGCCUGGUGGGGUUGGUAAUGCUUGGGGGGCUACACAAUCCCACAGCAGUCAUGCCCCUCACAUCAAGGGAACUCUCCGCUUGUUGGCACAGCCCCACACAAUGAGUGUACUGCACCAGACCCUCCCAGGUGGGGCAGACCCAAAAAGUACCCUGUGGCAACCCUGGGAUGAAGGAAAAAUUCUUUCUCAUGUGGGGGAAUGCCCUGUCCUGUUUAGGUAUUGCUGUUGGCUGAGCAUAGGCCCUUCUGUCAUCUGUAAUUCCAACCUGCUUCCACUGAUUAUAUUCAUAUGGUUUCUACAUAGCAAAGGUAUAGCAAAGUUUCUAAUCAGAUUAAAGUGUUUUCAACAAACCAGGUGCCUGUCCUGUUACUCACAUUCCCCUGUGUGCUGAGAAUACACAUGGGAUGGGGUCUGCAUGCAUGCACACACAUGCAUACAUCUGCAGCAAAGCAGUCUUGCCUGCGGUACAUGCAGCUGGAACAGAUCCCAGGGAUCACAUCAGCAAGAUCAUUCCCAUCCCUGUAACACACACGUAGCCCCCCAGAGGACAGCAACUGGGGACAUGCAUUGGGGACCUGGAGCAGUGCUAGCUAUUCCAGGCUGCCAUGCACCAAGGCUGGCACUCAUGCCUGGAGCAUGCCCUCUGUUUUGUUUUUCACAUAGUGAUGCUAAAAUUUGGAGCAUGGCCACAUCUCAGCCCCCACACCCAGGAAGUUGCUGGGGCAGGCUUCAGCAUCAUUACGUGCUUAGAGAAAAUAAUGAGCCCUUUGCGAAGGGCGGGCAGGAACCUGUAGAUCAUGUCUAGAUGAAACAUCUCGCGAUGCCUCAGUUGACCUCAGCCAUCCACGCUGAGAAACAGGGACACCCAGCACAGCUGAGCGGCACCAACCGCGUCCCUCCUGUGCCACUCACCAGACUCAGUGACCUCCUGCGUGCCCAGCGGCACAGCCUCCCCUGCCACCACUGCUGUCUCUGCUGCCAGACAUGGCUGCCCAGAGAGUAGCCAUCAUCGGUGCUGGCGCCUCCGGCUUGUGUGCCCUGAAAUGCUGCCUGGACGAAGGGCUGACCCCCACCUGCUUCGAGAGGAGUGGGGACAUCGGGGGGCUGUGGCGAUUCGAGGAGAAGCCUGAGGAGGGCCGCGCCAGCAUCUACCGCUCCGUCAUCAUCAACACUUCCAAGGAGAUGAUGUGCUUCAGCGACUUCCCCAUCCCCGACGACUUCCCCAACUACAUGCACCACUCCAAGAUCAUGGAGUACUUCCGCAUGUACGCGCGGCGCUUCGACCUGCUCCGCCACAUCCGCUUCAGGACCAGUGUGCGCCGCGUGGCCAAGCGCCCUGACUUCGCCACCACGGGCCGCUGGGAGGUGGAGACCGAGAGCGAGGGCAAGCAGGAGUCAGCCAUCUUCGAUGCCGUGAUGGUGUGCACCGGGCACCAUUGUGAAGCACACCUCCCGCUGCACACCUUCCCUGGAGUAGACAAGUUUGAAGGCUGGUACCUGCACAGCCGGGACUACAAGAGCCCGCAGGCCUUUGCGGAGAAGCGGGUCAUUGUGGUCGGCACCGGGAACUCGGGCAUCGACAUCGCGGUGGAGCUGAGCCACACAGCCAAGCAGGUGUUUCUCAGCACCAAGCGUGGGACAUGGGUGAUGCACCGGGUGGCAGAAGGUGGGUACCCCUUUGACUUCUCCUACCUCAGCCGCUUCACCCAGCUCCUCCAAAGCAUGCUGCCCCUCUCUGUGAGCAACUUCAUGGUGGAGAGGAAACUCAACAUGCGCUUUGACCAUGCUCUCUAUGGUCUGAAGCCAAAACACCGGGUCUUCAACCAGCACUUGACCAUCAACGAUGACCUGCCCAACUGCAUCAUUUCGGGCAGGGUGCUGGUGAAGCCGAACAUCAAGCAGUUCACAGAAACAUCUGCCAUUUUUGAGGAUGGCACUAAGGAAGACAUAGAUGCUGUAGUCUUUGCCACUGGGUACAGCUUCUCCUUCCCCUUCCUUGAGGAUUCUGUGAAGGUGAUGGAGAAUCAGGUCCCCCUCUACAAGUUUAUGUUCCCAGCUGACUUGGAGAAGCCGACGUUGGCUUUCAUUGGCUACAUCCAGCCUCUGGGAGCCAUCAUGCCCAUCGCAGAGAUGCAGAGUCGCUGGGCCACCCGUGUCUUCAAGGGUCUGCACAAGCUGCCACCAGCCAGCACCAUGCUGGCAGACAUUGCACAAACCAAGGACAAAAUAGCCAAGCGGUACGUGGCCAGCCGGCGGCACACUAUCCAGGUGGAUUACAUUCCCUACAUGGACGAGCUCGCCAGCCAGCUGGGUGCCAAGCCCAACCUGCUGUUGCUCUUCCUCACUGACCCCAAGCUGGCAAAGGAGGUGCUGCUGGGGCCCUGCACGCCCUACCAGUACCGCCUGCGUGGCCCAGGCGCAUGGCAGGGUGCCCGGGCGGCCAUCCUGUCCCAGCACCAGCGUGUUGACCAGCCCCUGCGAGGCACGGCCAGGCACCCAGUGCCACGCUGCAGCUCUGUGCCACACAUCUUCAAGGUCUUCUUCAGCCUCGGACUGAUCGUGGCCACGCUCAUCUACGUCUCACUGUCCCCUUAGCCCCAGUGAAGGGGGCUGCUGGACAUUGCCUUCCUCUCCUUGGGGUGUCGGUGCUAUUGGGAAGGGCUCAAAAAGCUCUGCUGGAUGCGGGGUGGCAUGGGGAAUUCUUUCCCUGAGGAAAAAGGCAAUAAAGCUCGUCCCCGUUCUCCGGGGUGAAGGGCCAGGCUCUGGUCCGUCCUCACGGAUCCCCGCACCGCGCACACAUUGCAC